AGAGAGAGGCAGUCUGUUUCUAAGCAAAGUGCCUCGAGCAGGAGGAAGAAGGACAGCAGGAGGAGAAAGAGGAGAGGAAGAAGAAGAAGAGGAGGAGGAGGAGGGGUGGAGGAAGAAGAUGUGCAUUUCCUGAGUGAUCGUCUCGCGCGGCUGCCUGCCUGGCUGAGAGAGCGCGGGCUCAGCGCGCAUGGCUGUCCGGCUCCGCGCGCACUCUGCCUCCGCCGUCAGCUCGUGGGCGCGGGAAAUGGCGCUGCACUGCUGAGAGCAGGAAGACAGAGAGAGAGAGCGGGAGGAGGAGGAGGAGGAGGAGUAGAGGAGCGGAGAGGAGAGGAAAGAGAAGAGAGAGGAGAGGGAAGAGAGAAGAGAAAGGAGAGGAGAAGCGAGCGGAGCUCAAUGAUUAGGACGUGCGCGCUUCUCUUCGCUAGCGGAUUUCAACAGCAGUACCAUGGUGAAUUACCAGAAAUACAUCACUGUUAUGCAGCUGGCCUUAGGUGUUACAGCCAUCAACAGAGACCGUAGCCUGCCUCCCAGAAAGCAUAUGUGGAUUUUCCCCAAACACGAAAAAGAUAAAUACGGGCCGGCUGUGUACUAUCCUAAGGUCCACAGCUUCAUCCCCACACCCACUGAUACACUCUCUGUGCAGGCAGAGUCAGAGAGUUCGGUGCAAGGCAAGCCGUCUCUGCGCAGAAUCAAGGGCCGAAUUCACCGCAGCAAGAGCCUGGACAGCAUCGACCUGCUGGACUCCAAUAGUGCAGCAAUGGAGGAGACAGUAAUAUGGGAACAGCACACAGUAACUCUACACAGGGCACCAGGGUUUGGAUUUGGAAUCGCGAUUUCAGGUGGGAGGGAUAACCCGCACUUCCAGAGUGGAGAGACUUCCAUUGUCAUCUCUGAUGUGCUGAAAGGAGGACCAGCGGAGGGCCUGCUGCAGGAGAAUGACAGAGUUGUGAUGGUCAACGCGGUCUCCAUGGAUAAUGUGGAGCAUGCAUAUGCAGUGCAGCAGCUUCGGAAGAGUGGAAAGAAUGCAAAAAUAACCAUCAGACGAAAGAGGAAGGUCCAGAUCCCCAUGGGGCGUCAUGGAGAGAGAGAAACCAUGUCUGAGCACGAUGAAGAUGAUGACAGCUAUGAGGAUGAGAUCUAUGAAGUGCGGAGUGGACGGAGCGGGCCCAGCGCGUACAGUGGCGGAGGGGCCACAGGCCGGAGGAGUGGCAGAGGCGAGCGGCUAGGUGGGAGGCGGGAGCGGGACAGAGAGCGCAGCGGUUCCAGAGAAAGGAGUUUAUCUCCACGCUCGGACCGCCACUCUGUGUCCUCCAACCUGCCUCCACGCCCAGCCAAGGUCACUCUUGUCAAGUCCCGCAAGAAUGAAGAAUAUGGCCUUCGCCUGGCCAGCCACAUCUUUGUGAAGGAUAUCUCUCCCGAGAGCCUGGCCGCCAGGGACGGCAACAUCCAGGAAGGAGAUGUUGUACUGAAGAUAAAUGGCACAGUGACAGAGAACCUGUCACUGAUAGACGCUAAGAAGUUGAUUGAAAGAUCAAAGGGCAAACUGAAGAUGGUGGUGCAGAGGGACGAGAGAGCCACAUUGCUGAACAUCCCUGACCUGGAUGACAGCAUCCCCUCAGCCAACGCUUCCGACAGAGAUGAUAUUUCAGAUAUCCACUCAGUAGCAUCUGAUCACUCAAACCGUUCCCACGACAAAAAGAGGAGCAGUCGCUCACGCUCCCCGGACCGGCGCUCGGAGCCCUCAGAACAUUCCAGACAUUCCCCCCCUCAAAUAAGCAAUGGCAGAGGUACAAGGUCUUUGAUGCACAGAUUUCAGCCAGUCCACAGGAGUCGUGAUGAAGAGCGCAUCUCGAAGCCACUCCCUGUGCCUGCAAAGAUGGUGGAGGACACACCUAAAGCGCUGGAGCAGGCUGGGACCAGAGAGGAGAAACAGCUCCCCCCUCUGCCAGAGCCAAAGCCUGUGUAUGCCCAGCCUGGUCAGCCUGAUGUGGACUUGCCUGUUAGUCCUGCGGACGCUCCUGUGCCCAGUGUAGCACAUGACGACAGCAUUCUUCGGCCCAGUAUGAAGCUGGUGAAGUUUAAGAAGGGUGAAAGUGUGGGCCUGCGGUUGGCUGGGGGCAAUGAUGUGGGCAUAUUUGUGGCUGGCGUGCUGGAGGACAGUCCUGCUGCUAAAGAGGGCCUGGAGGAGGGAGACCAGAUACUCAGGGUAAAUAAUGUUGACUUUGCAAAUAUAAUCCGAGAGGAGGCUGUGCUCUUUCUUCUGGAUCUCCCCAAAGGGGAGGAGGUCACCAUUCUGGCCCAGAAAAAGAAAGAUGUGUACCGUCGGAUUGUGGAAUCAGAUGUAGGUGACUCAUUUUACAUAAGGACUCAUUUUGAGUAUGAGAAGGAGUCUCCAUAUGGUCUGAGCUUCAAUAAGGGUGAGGUGUUCAGAGUGGUGGAUACACUGUACAAUGGCAAGCUGGGCUCCUGGCUCGCAAUUCGCAUUGGUAAAAACCACCAGGAGGUGGAGAGAGGCAUCAUCCCCAACAAGAACAGAGCGGAGCAGCUGUCUAGUGUGCAGUACACACUUCCUAAGACAGCAGGAGGUGACCGGGCAGACUUUUGGAGGUUUCGUGGUCUGCGCAGCUCCAAGAGGAACCUAAGGAAAAGCAGAGAGGACCUCUCUGCCCAGCCUGUCCAGACCAAGUUUCCUGCCUAUGAGAGAGUGGUACUCCGAGAAGCUGGUUUUCUGAGACCUGUGGUAAUAUUCGGUCCCAUUGCUGAUGUUGCACGAGAGAAGCUUUCAAGGGAGGAGCCAGACCUAUUUGAACUUGCAAAGAGUGAGCCCAGAGAUGCUGGCACAGACCAGCGCAGUUCUGGAAUCAUCCGUCUCCAUACCAUUAAGCAGAUCAUUGACCGAGAUAAACAUGCAGUGUUGGACAUCACCCCUAAUGCUGUGGACCGUUUGAACUAUGCCCAGUGGUACCCCAUUGUGGUAUUCCUGAACCCUGACAGCAAACAGGGUGUAAAGAAUAUGAGAACCAGGCUCUGCCCUGAGUCCAGAAAGAGCGCGAGGAAACUGUAUGAGCGUGCUCUGAAACUGAGGAAGAACAACCACCACCUUUUCACAACCACCAUUAACUUAAACAACAUGAACGAUGGGUGGUAUGGUGCUCUGAAAGAGACCAUCCAGCAACAGCAGAACCAGCUGGUCUGGGUUUCUGAGGGCAAGGCUGACGGAGCUCAAGAGGAUGACCUGGACAUCCAUGAUGACCGCCUCUCCUACCUCUCGGCACCAGGCAGCGAGUACAGCAUGUACAGCACGGACAGCAGGCAUACCUCUGACUAUGAGGACACGGACACAGAAGGAGGCGCUUACACAGACCAGGAGCUAGAUGAGACUCUAAAUGAUGAGGUGGGCUUACCCAGUGAGCCUGCAAUCACACGCUCUUCAGAGCCUGUACGAGAGGACCCACCUGUCAUCCAGGAUGCUCCUGGGUACCCCAGCUACCAGCACGCUGUGCCCCAGCCUGAGCCCCUGAAUCGCAUUGACCCUGCUGGAUUUAAGAUGCCCGCUCCACAGCAGCAGGCUGAGGCUACUGUGGCCUUGCCCUCCUUUCCCUCUGCAGCGGCGGCAGCAGCAGCACCCCCUGCUGUUGAGCCCGCCACACCACUAGCGGGUAUGACCCCCGAGGAGCCACCUGGCACCCCUCAGGCUGACUCCCUUUACAGCCCCGCCCCAGAACCUGACCCCCAGCCCGACCCUGAGCUCGCUCAGCCCCCAACACACGACCCCCACCAGUCGCUUCCGCCUGGCCCAGAUCCAAAGAUGUAUAAGAAGGAUCUGUACAGCAUGGAUGAAACUGUGCGAGUGAACCACGGGAUGAAGCCCCAGCAGCAACCGCAGCAGCAGCAACAACAGUCUUUAGCUCCCCCAACGUCUCUGUCCUACAGCCACCAGCCUGUCUACCAGGACAAACAGCCAUACCGCGAGUACGACCACCCGCCUUACGGCUAUGAUGGUGGCGGCUAUGCUCAACCAAAGCCUCAUAACUAUGACCCACACCUGCACUACGACAACCGUGUGCCUCACUACGAUGAACAGUGGCCCCACUAUGACCAGCAGACCUCGUCCCAGCCUCCACCCCCUGGACCUGGCUUUCCUCAGGGCCACCAGCCGCCGCCUCCUCCUCCUCCUCUGAGCUAUGAUCCUCGUUCCCCCUACGAGGACGGCCCCACACGGGACUAUAGUCCCCCUCAGCCCCGCUAUGACGAAGCUCCUUUGGGUUAUGAUAACCGGUUGCGACAUGGCAAACCAGGACCUGUUCGCUAUGAUGAGCCCCCUCCUCCUCCUCCCCCAGUCACAUACGAUGCCCGCUCUCCUUAUGAACCAGAGCCCCACACUUUCCCCAUCAAUGCCCCCCGAUCCCCUGACCCUCCAAAGCAGUAUUAUGGAGAUGCUUCAAUGAGACCGUCAUAUAAUCCAGGGCCUCCGAACCGUGGCUACAAACCAGGGCAGCAUGAACCUUUGAAUUCAGAGCCUCCGGUUCCACCACCUAAACCAGAAGUUCUGCUGUCCCCAGGAGAGCCUGUCCAUUCUGCAGCUUCUAAACCCCUGCCCCCUCCUCCCAGAGAAGACCCAGAGGAGGAUCCUGCCAUGAAGCCCCAGUCUGUUCUCAACAGGGUCAAGAUGUUUGAGAACAAGCGCUCUGUGUCUGUUGACAGAGCUAAAGAGGCUGGAGAUCUGCCAGGGAUCAGGCCCACUGACCUCCCCAAACCUGCGAGUGCCCCUGGCCCUGUGCUUAAAGCCAACUCCCUCAGCAACCUAGAACAAGAAAAACCUGCGUACAGGGCUGAGCCACAGAAGCCCCAAUCUAGAUUAGGAGAGGAGGUGGUCCGCUCUAACCACUAUGACCCUGAUGAGGAUGAGGAGUACUACAGGAAACAGCUGUCAUACUUUGAUCGCCGCAGCUUUGACAACAAGGCCAUGAAUCAGCCAGGAAUCAACCGCUUUCAUGAUCUGGCUAAACCUUCACAGAAUCAGUUAGCAUACCCCUACAACAGGACAGAAUCAGUUGAUGUGGAUAAGAGAUAUGAGCCAUUGCCACCAAUCAACUCUUCAGCUGCUCCUUACGGCCAGUCAGGACCUGCUGUUCCCCCCACGUCUCUACCCAAACUCACCAACACUGAGGUCAACUCCCUACCCGAUCACCACAACUCUCCCAAAAGCAAACCGGAUCUGUCUACUCUCCGUCCUCCUACCCGGGAUGACACAGUCCAAGCCAACUACCUUCCCCAAAAAUCUCCAGUUAAUGGCACUGACAUUCCUCCCAAGACUCUGGGUGCCCCUGCUCCCGCCAGCUAUAACCGCUACGUCCCAAAGCCUUAUACAAGCUCUGCAAGACCAUUCGAGCGCAAGUUUGAGAGCCCCAAGUUCAACCACAACCUUCUCCCCAAUGACUCGCAGGCAAAGCCCACUAUUGUGAACAACAACCCUAAAACUCACCUCUCACCCCAGCCUCUGGAGUCAGACAGUGGUGUGGACACAUUUACUCGCACGAUGGACAACAGGCCCAAAUAUCAGCACAACAAUGUCAAUGCUAUCCCCAAGGCUAUUCCUGUCAGCCCCAGUGCACUGGACGAUGAUGACGAUGAUGAAGGGCACACAGUAGUUGCCACAGCACGGGGCAUCUUUAACUGUAACGGUGGGGUGCUGAGUUCAAUAGAGACAGGGGUGAGCAUCAUCAUCCCUCAGGGGGCCAUUCCAGAAAGUGUGGAGCAGGAGAUCUACUUUAAAGUUUGCAGGGACAACAGCAUCCUGCCUCCGCUGGACAAAGAGAAAGGUGAAACUCUGCUCAGCCCCCUGGUCAUGUGUGGGCCUCAUGGUCUGAAGUUCCUGAAGCCGGUGGAGCUGCGCCUACCACACUGUGCGUCUAUGACUCCUGAUGGUUGGUCUUUUGCUCUAAAAUCCUCCGACUCCUCGUCGGGUGACCCCAAAUGCUGGCAAAAUAAAUCUCUCCCAGGGGACCCCAAUUACCUGGUGGGCGCUAACUGUGUGUCUGUGCUCAUUGACCACUUCUGAAGAGGACGACAGCUGGUCUGUUACUGAAUGUGAAAGCGUCAGUGGAGAACAUGAGGAAGACUCCUCUCUUCCCCUUCAUCCCUGCUCUGCUCCUCCCUGGGGAUUUGCUUGACUCCAUGAAGGAGUUAUAUAUUUUUUUUCCUCUAGUUUUUGCAGAUGGAAUUCAUUGUGCCCCAGAAUAUUGGAGGACAUGGAGAGCACCUCCUCCUGGUGCUGAAUCCCUGCAACCCCCCCCCCA